CUAUUGAUAUUACCGAUCUUCAUAGCUUUCAAAUUUUUCCAAUGAAUGGCUCCAAAUUUUCCAAUACCCGCUUCAUCUAAAUGACCCUCAAAGUUCAGAGGCUAUGAGAAUUGAGAAAGGUCUUGGUUUAAAUAGGUUGUAAGUAGUCAGGUGUUCCAUCAUACCGUAGGUCGGCGUCAAUCAUUCUCCUCGUGUUGGAUUCGAAUGAUCGACAGCUAAAUGGGAUGGGAGUGAAAAAAAACACCCAACAUUUACACAUCUCAAUAUGGAACAAAGUCUCAAUUGCUAUCUGCAGGCCCUUCACCAAAUGCAAUCAUUAUACAUACUUCACAAUUGGAUGCACUUGAUCUUCUUACCUUCUUUUACACUUUUCCCUUUCCAAAAAUACGAAAUACUUUCUCAUAAUAGGAGAGUAUAUGCACAAAUCCAACCCAAGAGAACCUUUUACCGCUUCUUUCACCCACCUUUCCGACCAGCCUUUUAAGAAGGAAUUCAAAUACCCACUACGCCAACCGCCGAUUAAAUUUCACGAAGAAAACGUAUAUCAUCUUGAGAAAGUACUGCAAUACAUUUCCAAGUCUCGGAAUAUAAAACAUCGAAAGCUUCGGUACCGAGCACAUUACCCUCAAUCUACGAGCUACCAAUAGCUUUGACGUCAACGUUCCUGUGCGACCAAUCUUUGUACGACAUACGACAUACGAUAUAAACAACCUCGAAAGCAUAUACAGGAAGGAUAUCACGAUAAUGGUGUAAAACGACGCUGGUGAUCAUGUUGGAGGAAUUUAGAAGUUGGAAGGAAAAGCCCGAUCCAUAAAAUAAACGAAAAUUCCCCUCCAUCCAUCCCCUCCCCCUCAAUUUCAGACGAAAGACCCAGAUGCUAUAUUCUCAAUGGCGCCUCUUCCAGUACUCAUAGCAAGAACUAUGCUUCAAAGUUCCCCCAGAAGUAUUGGAGAUAAUACGAAUCAAGGACAAAAAAUAUCCGAGUCAGAAGGAUACCUUUCCCAAAAACUUGCAUUGACUUUUUCAACUGUCAGUGUUGCUUCUUCACUACUAGCUUUUUAUUGGUUCGUGAGAAUGAGACGUUCAUUCAGACAUGAGUAAGGAUAACCCACCCAUCUACAUCUACCCCUCCCCCUCCCUCCAUUUAUGUUCAUGCACUGAUAACCCGAUUAGUCUUAUCAUGCUGUUAAUUCAGAGUGAUAUGUUCAAAGCUUUAUGGUUUAUGGUUUUUCCAAUCGUUGUCUUUCUACAUGGUCCUGUAGCGGAUAAUUCCAAAUUUUGUCAAAUUAGUGGUUUUUUUCUGGCUGUAGGAAUUGAAGCUUCAGGUUUGAUAUACUAUUCCAUCGGUAUAUCAACAUUCAUUAACUCAACUUUAGAUAUUUCAGUCCUGAUGGUUGCCGUACAUACCGCAUUAUAUAUUUUUAAACCUAAAUCCUCGGCUGGUGAAGGGGGUCUCUAUCCAUAUCGUAAGAUAGCAUACACCAUUUGGAUAUUGUUUCCGUUAUUAGCAGCAUCUCUAGCUUUUGUUAAUAAUCGUGAAGCUUAUGUUGCCCAAGGAACAUAUUGUUACUUACCAGUACGACCAUUUUGGUAUCAACUGGCUUUGGCUUGGAUUCCUCGCUACAUUAUUUUCGUCACAAUUCUCACAGUAUAUGCUUCGAUAUAUUAUUAUGUUCGAUUUAGGUUCCGUGGAUUUGAGAAUACUCGUUCUCAAGAUAGUUUUGAUUCGACUGAAAGGACUCGACGAACCCAUGUACGAAGGAGUAUACCUCCUCCACCUCUUUCUCUCAAUGGACUUACAAAUGAACCAAGACGCCCUGCCGCUAUAUAUAUUGCUGAAGGAAGGAAACGAUCAGCAUCAACUUUAAGUUCGAUUGCAAAUAUGAGGAACCACGCUCACCAAUUCAUGUGGACUUCAGUAUUCCACUCUCAUAAUCGAGCUCACUCCACAUCUCCUCCAUCUGAGAUUUCUACUGAUUCAUAUGCUGGAGCUUCAACAUCGCAACCUAUAUCAGAUAUGAUGACUACAGCUAUCCCCGCGCCACAACAAACACACAGUCCAAUGCCCGCACCUCAGUUUCGAAGCACUUGGCGAGAUAGUUUUUCCCGACGCUUAUCUUUCGAUUCAAAUAUUUCCUUUUAUGUACCGCCAACUGUUCUUCAACACCAAAUCCAAUCAGCAGAACGAGGAUCUUUUUACGAUAUGCAUCUUCCUAAUCCUAAUGGCCAAGGUUUCGCUGUAUCCGAAAUGAUACGUACUCGGGAAAAAAUCCGUCGUCAACUCCGUUUUCUAUUCAUCUACCCCUUAGUUUACCUAGGAAUGUGGCUCAUACCAUUUAUCUUUCACAUCCUUCAAUUCAACGAUCAUUUCGCACUUAAUCCACCUUUUGCACUCAGUGCGUUGAGCACCGUCUUUAUCUGUGGACAGGGUGCAGUAGAUUGCUGGUUAUUUUCCACCCGAGAAAAACCAUGGAAACAUAUUCCCGGAACGAGUGGGAGUUUUUUCGGGAGUCUAAAAUUUUGGGUGAUCUUUGCAGGGAAAGGGAAAGAGAGACAGGGACAUGGACCAGGGAAGACGAGAAACGAAAUGGCUAGGGAAGCGAGACAGGCGUAUAAGAGAAGAGAUGAGGAGUUGGCGCAGAGGAGAUUCGAGGCGCAGGCGGCUAACGGGGUGACGGUGGAUAGAGGGAGAAGUUCUAGGAGUUGGUGGGAUGUAGAGGGAGUCGAUGGAUUAGGAACUGUUGGGUUCGUGGCCGGUGUAACGGCCAUGUCACCUGUGCAGGAGGAAUUUUCAAUUUCGAUGGAGGAACUCGAACAAGUGAGAUUAUCAUCGGAAGAGAAUCAGGAAAAGAGCAAAGCGUCUGAUACGAAUGCCGAGAAUUCCAGAAACAACGAGAAAUGAAAGAAUGUUGUAUGGAUGGCUGGAAGAAUGGCAGACACGAAAUAUAUGAUUAAUUAAUGACGGUACAUACAUCGAAUCGGUAUAGGCGGGCAUAUGCAUAUGAGCAUUACAUGGCAUAUAUAUAUAUAUGGGCGCAGCAUAUGGGCAUGGUAUAUGGGAAGGCAUAGUCACGGGCAUUAUGCAUACAUCCUGGCGUUCAAAACACGAAACUGGGCAUUUGUAGGAGUUAUGGGAUUAUUGCAUACGUACGGAUAAGCAAAGCGAGCAUUGGGUACGGCGCGAAUUAUUAUCGACCGGUGAGUCUACGGACCCGGUAAUUGGGGUAUGGGAUGGAUAGAUGGCGUUCAGGUUGUUUUUGCUUGUAAUCUUAUAUAAGAACUGAAUUGAAAUAUUAAAUAUUCUUAAU